AUGGAGAAACAGCUAUUUACCGGCCAAAAUAGCUUCAGGGGGCUUCAAGAAGCCAUCGAAGCUGUCAUACAAUAUAGUGAUGAUGAUGACUGUGACUUAGCUAUCAUACCGCCUGAACCAAGUGCGUUGACUGAUGACGAGGAGGGAGCUGAUGAGGAUAUGACGACCGUAUGCAUGCCGCAAGACGUACCUGGAACCCUCGAGAUAUUUACGCAUCGUGACAAUAGUGUACACGAAGAUAGCUCGUACGACGACAGUGACGACGAACCUCUGGCGUCAAAAAGAAAACGACCAAAUUCUACCCGCGAAUCUGUUUCGAACGUGGCUCCAACCUGGAGAAAAUGUGCACCUUCAUACUCUUCAGCUCCUCAGCGUACGUCUCAAGUCAGCGAAAAGAAAAAUAAUGUUUGUGAAGAACUGAAAAACCUCAACCCCGUACAAAUAUUUGAAAAGUUAUUUGAUGAUGAUAUAGUUGACUUGAUUGCAUCCAAUAGCACACUAUACGCCAACCAACACAACAGACAUGAGUUUGAACUGGUUCCUUGUGACUUGAAAAAGUUUAUAGGGAUUUUGAUUCUUUCUGGCUAUCAUAAACUUCCUCGAGAACCGAUGUACUGGUCUCUAGACGAAGACAUUGGCGUAGAAUUGGUCAGCAAAGCUAUGUCAAGACAUAAGUUUCGAGAUAUAAAAAGGAACUUACAUCUCGUAAAUAACGAUUUAGCUGGUACGUCAAACGAUAAAAUGUUCAAAAUAAGACCGUUGGCUGAUAAACUUAUGGAAAAGUUUUUACAAUGGGGAGUUUUUCAUGAUAGUAUAUCUGUUGAUGAAUCAAUGGUGAAAUACUUUGGCCACCAUCCCGCGAAACAAUUUAUUCGUGGAAAACCAGUACGUUUCGGGUAUAAAAAUUGGGUCGCGGCAAGUUCCACAGGUUACUGCUAUUCAUUUGAUUUUUACUGUGGAAAAUCUCAGUCACAGACUUCUGACCCAUUAGGUUCUCGAGUUGUGAAAAGUUUGUUAGAGAAACUGAAUUGUACUCCAGCAAAUCAUGAAGUCUUUUUUGAUAAUUUUUUUACGAGCUAUGAUCUAUUGCUGGAAUUGAAAAGCCUAGGUUACCGUGCUACAGGGACAGUAAGAGAAAACAGGACUAAAAAAUGUCCACUGACUAGCACCAAGGAAAUGAAGAAGAAGGAACGUGCGUCUUAUGAUUAUAGAUUUGAUAAGAAUGGCGAAAUUUUACUGGUCAGAUGGAAAGAUAAUAGUGUGUGUACAAUGGCAACUAACUACGACGCUAUUGAACCCUUUGGGACUGUGAAAAGAUGGUGUCCAAUAAAGAAAGACAAGACAGAUGUAGCAAUACCACGUUUGUUCCAAACCUACAAUAAAAAUAUGGGAGGGGUGGAUGAGCUCGAUCAAUCUAUCUCUCUAUACAGGGUUGCGGUUCACGGCAAAAAGUGGUGGUGGGUAUUGUUUACUUACAUGUUGGAUAUGACUGUUGCUAAUGCCUGGCGUUUACACGUUAUGAGUCACGAUAACCCUAUGGAUCAACUGACGUUCCGCCGUCAUAUCGCACGAUAUUAUUUACGCCAAGGACAACGGAAAUCGCGUCAAGCUGCAUCAAUAGUCGAAGGCCUGCCUCAAGAUGGGGUUGGACAUUAUCCCAUGAAAAUUGAUAAACCGCUACGAUGCUACGACGUCAUUGAUCAUCAUCACAUUAGCCGUAAGACGUUCGCUAAACAUAGGCCUCCUCCAAUGACUGUUGAUGACGUUAUUGAAAGAAAGUAA